AUGAGUCGUCGCAAUAUUGAUCCUCCAGUCUCUGAAGAAGUCAAGGGAAAGCACAAGGAAACCAUGAAAGGCAUGUUUGAUACCAAAUCUAAAAACACUUAAAAUCAUCAUGAGCAAAUGAUGAUGGCUCUUGAGGAUAACAAGUAGAAAUAUGAUAGAAAUCUUUACUCUGAUUGGCUAUUGAAGGUAUAUUCUAGAUGUACUAGUCUUUGCAUAAAAGAAGAUAAAGAUGUAGCAUUGUCUGUAUGGGAAAAUAAGGAGAGUUCAGAUGAAAUGAGUAAACUGCGUCAGAUAGAGAUCCAGUGUGGCAAGAACUGCAUGAGAAAGUUUGAUAAAGGUUACAAGUUGUUUGAUAACAUUGAAAAGACUAUAUUUGAGUAGUAUAUGAAGGACUCAGAUGUUGAUCCAAAUGAGAUGAUGCAAGUUUUAUCACAAAGGGAAGAGCAAAGAUAGACUAUGGACAUGUCUGCUGGUGCUGAUUUGCUAUAAUCUGCAAACAUUUGA